AUGAAGAAUUAUGAAUUUUUUUGUACUGAUACUUCAGAAUGGACUCACAAAAAAAGGAACAAAAAGGGUUACACAAAGUUUACGUUCUCAAUGUAUGUAACUAUACUGAUACUAGCAUUACUAUGUCUUUUUUUACAGGUAAAAUUAAAAAAUAAAUGUGCACACGGAGAUAACACAAUAUUUGAAUCACAAUGGAGAAAUAAUGGAUGUUCAAGAAUAUUAUCUGAAACUUUUUUUGAAAAAAUGAAACGACGUAAUACAUUACACAAUGAUAGAGAUUAUAUUGAAGGGCAUGAUAUUGAAAAUGAAUCAUUGUAUAACCCCAGUGAUUGUAGUGAAACAAAUUUAACUGUUUUCUUAGAUGAUGAGUGUGGAUCUAAAUGUGAGUCAACAUGUGAAUUGGAAAAUGAACUUGAAUGUGAGUCACAAUAUGCAUCCGAAAAUGAUCUUGAAUGUGAGUCACAAUAUGCAUCGGAAAAUGAACUUGAAUGUGAGUCACAAUAUGAAUCUAUGCGUGAAGUAAAUCAGCAUAAUAAUGAAAAUAAAGAAUUUUUUAGUGGAAGAAAGAAUGAUAACAUAUGUAAUAAGGAAAGUCAACAACAUCAUUAUGAUGAAAAGUGUAUUAAUUAUAAAAAUACCAAAGAAGAAAAGCACCAGGGGGUGCAUGAAAUUCAUAAUAAUGUCGUAAAUGAACAAAUACCAACGUAUGAUAACAGAUUUGAAUCACAUCAGAGUUUAACAAGUGAAUAUCCAGAAAGUGAAGUAUCAUUCAUGUAUAAUAGUAAAAAUAUAAAAUCGACAAAAGACCAAAAAACUGAUAGUGCAUUUUUUAGAAAGCACAAAAAAUCUUAUGAAAAAAGUAAUACGGGUAGUACCAUUUCUAUAAAUAAAACGUUUUCCUUAUCCAAUGAAUAUUUUAAUGGAAUUUUUGGAAAUUUAGGUAAUAUGGUGCACAACAUCGAUAUUCUUAACACAUUUUCUCUUUACAAUACGCAAGAAAGAAUUAAAUUAUUUAACUCACUCAAAUCUUUAAUGUUAUAUUGGAAUAAAUUAUCUAGUUCUUGUGGGAUAUCAGAUAAUUACAAAAAUAAGCAAUGGCUUAAAGUCUAUAAUAUUGUUACAGAAAUUCUAUUAUUAAAAGAGGAAAUGUUUUAUAAGAAUUUAGGAUAUUUUUUUUACACCACGAUGUGGCCUAAAGAAGAAUAUGCUAAUUUUAUAAGAAAAGUAAAACUCGAAUGGGAUAAUAUGAAUGAAAAGGUAGUUGUUGGAAUGAAAGAAUAUUUAGAUCGAAAAGCACGUAUGUGUAAGAAAAAAUCUGGUUGA